AAGCUUUUAACCUAAUUAAGACACCAAAGAUAUUCUUAAAAACAAACAAACACCGAAAAAUCCGCGCGGCAAAAUUAGGCAAUCGAGAACCCCCCCCCCAAUUAUAGUAACUCUGUCUCUUUCUUCCUUCCUUCCCUCCUCCUCCUUCCUCUUUCCUGUGAGGAUAUCAAAAGAAACAAUGUUGAUUUAGCAGCGAAACCCCUAAAAGAAAACCCUAGAUAAAGACAUAUAACAUAAUUACAUUAGAUAGAGAUUUGUUUUGUGUGUGUGUGCUUUUGAAUUUUUUUUCUUUUCAUUGCUGUUUAAACCCAAAGGGGAGAAAAAUAGGUGCGUGUGUCUCCAAGAUCGGUGGUGCUUGGCGUCAGGGAGGCUCCGAUGUCUCUCCGUCGUCAAAGCACCACCGUGCAGGGAGCCAUCUACGCGUCUCCACCACCUCAUCAUACGACGAUGAAGUCAGCAUCACAUUCAGCGGGAAGCUUAGCAGUUUCAGCGGUAACCUAGGGAACAACCACCACCACGGAAGCAGCAAUAGGAUGAAAGGUCUCUUCAGAAACAAGCCUCGUCCUCCCGGAGAGAUCGUUCGUCAGACACGAGAUCUCAUCGCUCUGUCCGAAACCACCGACUACGAAGAACAAACAACAACCAACACGAAACACUCCAAACGGUUAGGGAUUUUUCCGGAGAUCUGCAGGAACAUUAGGGAUUUGAAAUCGAUCUUGUACGGAAACAGCGAAGCCGAGCCCGUGGCCGAAGCGUGUCUCUCUCUGACGCAAGAGUUCUUCAGAGAAGACACGCUUCGCCCCUUGAUCAAGUCUCUUCCGAAACUCGACCUCGAGGCGAGGAAAGACGCCACGCAGAUCGUGGCGAAUCUUCAGAAGCAACAAGUCGGAAGCCGACUCGUUGCUUCUGAGUAUCUCGAAUCGAAUCUCGACGUGAUCGACACGCUAGUCGAAGGAAUCGGUCGUGACCACCAUUUGGCGCUGCACUACACGGGGAUGCUUAAAGAAUGCGUCCGUCACCAGGUCGUCGCCAAGUACAUUCUCGAGUCGAAGAACCUCGAAAGGUUCUUCGACUACGUCCAGCUUCCGUACUUUGACGUAGCCACGGACGCAAGCAAGAUCUUCCGCGAGCUUUUGACCAGGCACAAGUCCACGGUCUCCGAGUACCUUUCCAAGAACUACGAGUGGUUUUUCGCGGAGUACAACACGAGGCUGUUGGAGAAAGGGAGCUAUUUCACGAAGAGACAAGCGUCGAAGCUGUUGGGGGAUGUGCUGAUGGACCGGUCUAACUCGGGUGUGAUGGUGAGGUACGUGAGCAGUUUGGAUCAUCUGAGGAUCAUGAUGAAUCUGCUCAGAGAACCGACCAAGAACAUUCAGCUAGAGGCCUUUCAUAUCUUCAAGCUGUUUGUGGCGAACGAGAGGAAACCAGAGGAUAUCGUGGCGAUACUCGUGGCGAAUCGGAACAAGAUUCUUCGGUUGUUUGCUGAUUUGAAACCUGAGAAGGAAGAUGAAGGGUUUGAAGCUGAUAAGUUACUGGUUGUGAGUGAGAUUGCGUCGCUUACUCUUAAACUCACGGAUCCGUGAAUGAAUGGAUGUUUAUCGAAACGUUUGUUUUUGUCAUGUUUUGUAUUUUUGCAUUUAGCGUAGAUACUCUGUUCUCCAAAAAAAAAAAGAAGCAAAAUACAUAAAUGUGAUUUUCGAAAGUUUUAUUCAAUGCCAGUCUUCUUCUUCAACA